AUGGCAGCCCUGGAGGAAGAAUUCACGUUGUCUGGGGUACCCUUGGGAUCUGGGCCUGACGGACUUCUAGGCGUGGAACAGAGCGACAAAACAGACCAGUUUCUGGUGACAGACAGUGGCAGGACUGUCAUCCUUUAUAAGGUUUCUGAUCAGAAACCCUUGGGGAGCUGGUCAGUGAAGCAAGGUCAAGUUAUAACAUGUCCAGCUGUGUGCAACUUUCAAACUGGAGAGUAUAUUGUUGUCCAUGAUAAUAAGGUUUUGAGAAUAUGGAAUAAUGAAGAUGUAAACUUGGAUAAAGUAUUUAAAGCUACACUGUCCGCUGAUGUAUACCGGAUCCACUCAGUACAAGGGUCAGAACCACUAGUGCUCUUCAGGAGUGGUGCAGUCCGGGGUUUGGAGGCUCUGCUUGCAGAGCCUCAGCAGAAAAUUGAAACUGUGAUCUCUAAUGAUGAAAUGAUUAAGUGGACGAAGGUUUUCAUGAUAGUUAAGCACCCUGUUUUAAUUUUUAUUACUGAAAAACAUGGAAAUUAUUUUGUUUAUGUACACAUGUUUCACUCACAUACCUUAAGCAAAUACACACUCUUACAUGGACAAGAAGAAAAAUCUGUCAUACAGAAUUUUACAGCAUCUGUGCAUCGGAAGUUCAUCUCUUUAGUAACAUUAACCUCUGGUAGACGUAUAUAUGAAACCCUGAUACCAACACAUCCAAAGGAUCCAGAAACAAGUCAGGUGCUGGUGAGGACCCUGUUACUCAAGGCAGCUGUGUCUGGUGAUGCUCGGAAUGGGGUUGCAGUCAGCAUCCUGGAUCACGAUCACAUAGCAGUCCUGGGAACUCUGCCGUCAACUACUAAGGAAUGCCUCUCAGUCUGGAACAUCAAAUUUCAAACACUGCAGGCUUCAAAAGAGUUACCACAAGGGACCAGCCAUCAACUCUGGUAUUAUGGAGAAAAUUUAUUUAUGCUACAUGGAAAAUUUCUAACUGUGAUUCCAUACAAGUGUGAAGUAUCAUCGUUAGCGGGGGCACUUGGAAAACUCAAGCAUAGUCAGGAUCCAGACACUCAUGCUGUACCCCAUUUUGUAAACUGGGAAACACCUCAGGAGUAUGAACUUGAAUCAUGGAACUCAGAGACGUCAAAGAGAAUUUUAAGGACAAGAAACAUUGAAAUGAAUUUACAGCCAGCAAUUUCAGCAUCCAAACAACUUUUAUUAGCCAUAAAGAAUGAUACCGAAAAACACAUUGAAGUAGAACUCCGUAAAUUUUUGGCUAUUAAACAGACACCUGACUUUCAUACUAUUAUUGGGGACAUUAUAACAGGACUUCUGGGAAGAUGUAAGGCUGAACCAUCAUUUUAUCCCCGGAAUUGUCUGAUGCAACUUAUCCAAACACACGUGCUUUCCUACAGCUUAUGUCCUGACUUAAUGGGAGUCGCCUUAGAAAAGACAGAUGUGCAGCUUCUACAACUCUGUCUCCAGCAGUUCCCUGAUAUUCCUGAAUCUAUCACCUGCACCUGCUUACAGCUUUUUUUAAGCAUUGAUGAUAACAGUCUUCAUGAAGCAGAUAUCAACACGGAAUCGGUUUUUGACUAUAGCAGUACUAUACAAGAUGAGAAAAUGGAAGAAGCAACUGAAAUUAUUGAAAAUGGCUUCAAGCCUGAAGAAGAUAACUACAGUAACUGUGGCAAAGAGUUAAAAGAAAAGCCUCUAAAAACAACUGAGGAGACCACCUCGAGCCCUGUCACGCCAAAAAGGGCAGCUCUGCUAAAUGCAGUUCUUCACUCGGCGUACAGUGAAGCCUUCCUUGUACCACACCUGAAGGACAUCCCAGCGCAACACACCACCCUGUUUCUCCGGUAUCUGCACUUCCUCUACCUGAAGUGUAGUGCGAAUGCACCAAUGACUCUUCCAGGAGUACAUCCUCCAACCCUGAACCAGAUUAUGGAUUGGAUAUGCCUACUUCUGGAUGCGAAUUUCACUGUUGUGGUAAUGAUACCAGAAGCAAAGCGACUACUGAUAAGUCUUUACAAGUUUGUGAAAGCCCAGAUAAGCGUUUAUUCUGAGCUUAACAAGAUCGAAGUAAGUUUUCGGGAGCUACAGAAAUUAAACCAAGAGAAGAAUAACACAGAAUUAUACUCAAUUGAAGUGCUGGAACUCAUCUGA